AUGUCAGCUAAUCAAAGUGUAAAAGAGGGAGCUAAACAAUUGCUAAAAGUAUUGGAGCGAUUCCCUGAUGAACGGAUCAAGCAUUUGGUAUCCUUUAAACAACUCCAGAUGGAUAGAUUUAGAUACCUUUCGGGAGAGAAGGCAGCAACCGGCACAGACUCCACAGCUACUUCAAAAGGGCCAACUAUUGCUGAUAUAAAGAACAUUAUUAAUAGAACCUCCGGACCCCUAGGUUUGCAGAAAGAUCUUCUGAAGAAAAUGCAAAGUAUAACACCAAAUGACCGGUUCACUGAACAAAGUAUACAAGAACAAAUAAAAUCAUUAGAGAAUAUUAUGAGUAAUAAAUAUAAAAAUUAUUACGAAGUGGGUGAUAAGCUAUACAAGCCUGCUGGAAACCCAUUUUAUUACCAAAGAAUUAUGGAUGAAAUUCAGGGAAAGAAGAAGGAAAAUAUAUUCACAGCUGCAAGGACGGUUUUGUUCGGUAAAUAG